GUCAUAUGAUACAGUCGAUGUGGCUGCUUAAAUUCUCUAAUUUAUGGAGAACCGGGAUAGCAGGUUGCUAAAAUAAAUCAUUUUAGAAAUUAUUUAAAAUGAUUCAACAAUAAUCUGCGAAGACGGACAAAGAAAACCUUUUUCAUUGCAUUGCUGUCAGUGGAAAUAAAUCUAUUUUCGACAAAAGCUAACACUCGUUACCUUCCUGAAUGGAUGCUGUACAAUCUCUCAAGGCUGGGUUAUAAAUGCAAUGACAGUUUCCUGCUUUGUGGACUUUGUGGACCGUUACUUUGCUUACCACCUGUUUUUAUUCCAGCGAUGGAUUGUUUUAAAACAGUUAUUUUUAUUUCGGCGAUUCUUCUGCCCCUUGAGUCAUUGGGAUCAGACCGGCCAAAUUUCAUUCUUCUCUUCGCGGAUGAUUUGGGAUUCGGCGAUUUAGGCUGUUAUGGACACCCGAGUUCAAUUACUCCCAAUCUGGAUAAAUUAGCCGCCGAAGGGCUUCGUUUUACUGACUUUUACGCGACCAGUCCCGUUUGCAGUCCGUCCAGAGCGUCUCUGCUGACCGGGCGCUACCAGACCCGCUCGGGGGUGUACCCGGGCGUCUUCUACCCCGGGUCCCGGGGCGGCCUGCCCCUGAACGAGACCACCAUCGCGGAGGUGCUGAAGCCCCUGGGCUACGCCACGGCCCUGGUGGGGAAGUGGCACCUGGGGGUGGGCCCGGGCGGGACGUUCCUCCCCACGCGCCAGGGCUUCGACCACUACCUGGGCGUGCCCUACUCUCACGACCAGGGGCCCUGCCAUAAUCUGACCUGCUUCCCGCCGGACAUCAAGUGUUUUGGAUUCUGUGACCUUGGCGCAGUGGCGGUGCCGCUCAUGGCGAACGAGACGAUCAAGCAGCAGCCGGUCAGCUUCCUGGACCUGGAGAAGGCCUACAGCGACUUUGCCACGGGGUUCAUCUCAUCGUCCGCCAAGAGGAAGCAACCCUUCUUCCUCUACUACCCCUCGCAUCACACCCAUUACCCACAGUACGCAGGAAAGAUGGCCGCCGGGGCGUCCUCCAGGGGUCCGUUUGGGGACGCCCUGAUGGAGUUCGACCUCACGGUGGGGAACCUGAUUCAGGCCCUGCGGGACAGCGGUGUUGACAACAACACCCUUGUCUUCUUCACCGCCGACAACGGGCCUGAACUGAUGCGCAGGUCCCGCGGGGGGAACUCCGGCCUGCUGAAGUGUGGCAAGGGGACCACUUACGACGGGGGCAUGCGUGAGCCUGCGAUCGCACGCUGGCCCCAGAGAAUCAAACCAGGGGUCACCCAUGAGCUGGCCAGCACGCUGGACGUCUUGCCCACCAUCGCGUCCAUAGCAGGGGCAGCACUACCCAGGGUGCCCCUGGACGGGGUGGACAUGGGAGACAUCCUAUUCCGUCACGGACCGAGUAAAAGGAAGGCCAUGUUCUACUACCCCACGGACCCCAGGGAGAAGUACGGGGUGUUUGCCGUCCGGUUGGGCAAAUACAAGGCUAACUACUAUACCAGAGGGGCCACGCACAGUGACUCCACCCCGGACCAGGACUGCCACCUGACCGCCUUCCUGAAGCGGCACGACCCGCCGCUGCUGUUCGACCUGGAGGCCGACCCGGCCGAGAACUACGACCUGAACCCGGCCCGGUACCAGGACGUGCUCCAGCGGAUCCAGGCCGCCAAGGCCGACUUUGAGGAGGGCAUGCUGUUCGGGGAGAGCCAGGUGGAGAAAGGGAUCGACCCCGCACUGGAGCCCUGCUGCACGCCGGCCUGCACCCCCAAGCCCAGCUGCUGUGCCUGCGGCUAGCCAAUCACCACCCUGGAACGGGACCGGCUAGCCAAUCACCACCCUCGCCCUGGAACGGGACCGGCUAGCCAAUCACCACCCUCGCCCUGAAACGGGACCGCACUGGGAAGGCCUCAGUCCACACAUUUUUACUUUUGUAAAGUUUAAUUUACAUUUCUAACUUAAUUGACAUUUUUAAUUAGAAAACCACUUACACGCAUCACUUUUCAGUGGCUGCAGAUCUGCUCGGGGUUAAAGGAGAAGCUUUCGCACCUGAGCCACAGGCGCACAGGUGAAGGAGAUGACCACCCAACUGUUGGGGGAAAUGGGUGAAUUACACUGUGAUCUCUGUUUGAGGGCAGGCUGUCUCUCUGGCUCUUUCUCAAGUGCAGGACUGCAGUGUGAAGAACACGCGGCAGUUCAGCCUUUCUUUACCAUGGCAGUGUGAAAAGCCAUCUAAUUUAACGGCGCUUAUUAACCGUGCCUCUGCUCUGUGCUCAUGGGUAAUGUAGUUUUCAGGGUCACGGAUAGGUCCUAAACCUGGGGUCAUGAUGUGGACUGCUGCAGAAUCUCAAUCACGUGCAUUCGGGGAAUAAUCCACAUCGCUGUAUCCAAAUUAAUUUCUGCACAAUGCUCUGAGCCCGACCUAUUGCUGAGGGAAUGUCCACUGGAGAAUUCAAACGCUGAAAAGUAAAAUGGGUUUUUGGUGAACUAUAUACCCCAUGCGCAAGGGGCUUUAACAGAUAUGCUCAGGAAUAUUGACACCGAACAAAGUUUAAAUGUAUUUUGUGUAAUCACGGAUGUGUUCCCUUGUUAAAAUGUGAUUAAAUGAGAGUUUGAGAAACUAAAA